CAUCAUUUAAGUCAGAUGUGGUCAGAUGCUUUCUGAAUAGAUAGUAUAUCAAGUAAAAUAGCGGUGAAUCCAAUUCGAUACAUAUGUAUUUAUCUUUUAACCCAAACUUCAAAAUAUUGCAUAUGUUAUUUCACCCUCAACAAUUAAAUAAUUUCCUAUAAUAACAAAUGUAAAUUUUUAUAUAAAAAUUAUGGAGUUUAUUUAAUUUAACAUUACACUCAGUUCUCAUGUAAAUACAAAACUAUUCAAGCACAGAACGUUAUAGCCGAGGCGAAAUUUGGUGUCAAUAAUAGAGAAAAAUGAAUCAGCUACCUAUGCAUGAUGCCUUGAAGUCAUUAGCAUGGCUAGAAGGUACAUGGAAAACUGAAUAUGUUGGGCAAGGUAAAUAUCCAACAAUUAAACCUUUUACUUAUCAUGAGGAGAUUGUAUUUGCAAGUAUUGGCCAGCCGAUGUUCAACUAUGUUGCUCAAAGUUGGCAUCCUGAGAAAAAGACACCGAUGCACCGUGAAACUGGUUUUUUAAAAGUGAUACCAGGAACAAAUAAAGUUUCUUUGCUCUUGGCACACAACUUUGGUUUAACCACCAUUGAAGAAGGUGAAAUAGGAGAUAAUGAAAUAGUGUUGAAGAGCUCGAGUAUUACUAGAUUAACCAUGGGAUGCAAGGAUCCUGCUGUGGUAAAGAUAUCUAGAAAAUUCAAAUUAAUUGGAGAGAAGCUCCAUCACACAGUUUAUAUGGCUACAACAACAACAACAAAAGAAACUGAACAUCUGCAAGCAGUAUACACCAAGCAGACUGCGAUAGUUUAAGCGGUUUUAAAGUAAUCUAAUAAUCAUUGUCUCAGAGGUAUUUUUAAUCAUAUUAUACAUGACUGUUCAAGCCAAACGCACCACCUAAAAUGAAUCUGCCCAUUUGCUUUAGUAGAAUCAUCGUAGUGGUAUCUUUGUAUUGAAUUAUAACCGUGUAUAAAAAACUGUAUACUAUAACAGUAGCUUUAAAUUAUACUAUAAUAUAUUAAAAACAACAAAUCAUUUAGUAGCAAUUAUA